AUGUCCAGAGCGCUGUCUUACGUUGCGCCAGCGGCGAAGGCAUGGGGAGCUUCGUACGUUGCAAGCCCAAAGGCAGGUCCUCUGCUGGACAUGUCGCAGGGUGUACCGGGCUCGGCGCCAGCUGAACCUGUCUUGGCGUCUCUCUCAAAGGUCGCCGGUACACACGACGCAGCGAAGUACGGCCCCAUCCUGGGUGAGCCGGCGCUGCGCUCCGCUCUCGCCGAGGAGCUGCGACACAAGUACGGCGUCGGCGCACAGCAGCUCAGCGACGCAGACGUUGGGAUAACGACGGGAUGCAACAUGGCGUUCCUCGUUCUGCUCAUGCUCCUCUGUCCCCCGGGCGAGAGCAGCGUGCUCCUCCCCCUCCCGAGCUACUUCAACCACGCCAUGUCUCUGUCCCUCCAGCAGGUCGAGCCCGCAUACAUCCCCUGCUCGCCCAAGGACGGCUUCACGCCGUCGCUGCCCGCGGCUCGGGCAAUCCUGGAGACGGCCCGCGAUUCAGGCUCCAAGGUUAAACCCCGCGCCAUCGUCCUCGUCACCCCGAACAAUCCGACCGGAGCCAUCUACAGUCCCUCCCUGCUCGAGGAGUGGUACGCUCUUGCACGCGAGUUCGACGUUCCGCUCGUGCUCGACGAGACGUACCGCGACUUUGCCGGCGCGCAACCGCACACCCUCUUCGAGCGGCCCGAGUGGCGCGAGACGCUGAUCACGCUUGGUAGUUUCAGCAAAGGAUACCGUAUCCCCGGUCACCGCCUUGGCUGCAUCACGGCCGCGCCCGAGCUGCUGGCGCACAUCGUGACCAUUUGCGACUGUAUGCAGAUCUGCCCUCCACGAGCCCCGCAGCUGGCGCUGAUAGACCUCCUCUCCUCACUCCGCGAGGACCUGGAUGAGGCGGCCGCGGCGCUGCGCAAACGUCUGCAGAUCUUCGAGAAAGUCGUCAACUCCGUGCCAGGGUGGAAGCUGAUCAGCUCCGGCGGUUUCUACGCCUACGUCGAGUUCCCGGAGGAGUUCCUGUCGGCACAGGAACAGCUCGGCGUGAAGGAGGGCGAGAAGGUGGGUAGCGAAGACGUCGGCCGCGCCCUUGCGCUCGAGGCGGGCGUGCUCACGCUGCCUGGCUGCUUCUUCAUGCCCGACCUGGAGGAUAAGGUGUGGGGCAGCAUCAAAGGCGGGGACGAGAUGAAGCGCGACCGCUGGAUCCGCUUCGCAGUCGCCAACAUCGAUGACGAGAGCGUCAAGGCGCUCGGUCCGCGUCUGCAGCGGUUGAACGAGCUGCUGGGGGUCAAGUAG